GACCCGCGCUCCGCUCAUCACGUGACUUGCAGCCUUAGCGGGAGACGAGGUUGAGGAGGAGGGGGGAGGAGGUUGAUGAGACGCGGAGAAGACGACGACGACGAGGAGGAGACUCGAACCGAGCUCAGUGGCGCGGCGGCGUCCACAAUCCAUCCCACCGCUCCACGAAGGUGGUCAACUCCGUUACCGACUCGCCCCCACCACCGCGACCCACACCCUGCUCGGUCUGCCUCUGCCUGCGGGCAUCGGUGAGGGUGCGCCGGUACAGCGGCCAGGCAAGCGUUGGGGGCCCGUGCGCGACCAGGCCGAGGUUCGUCUGCCGCCGCCGCCGCGAUGUCGACUUCGGAGAGCGACAGCGACUCGAGCGGGUGGACUCUGCUGAGCCGCGAGGGCCUGGACGAGGAGUGCGUGGGCGCCAAGCAGAGACGUCAACUCGGGCACUCGGACUCCGAGGAUGAUGGAGCUGAGACGGUGCCGGCCCACGUCGCGCAGAGCCAAGGCAACGGGUUCUUGGAAGGGAAACUCCGGGAGGCGUUGGAUGCCGGGGGCGAGGGCUGCGAGAGGGUGGGGGAAACCGGACUCCCCGACGAGACCACGUGCACGGUGGAGCGGCCACCCGGGCCUGAAGAGGUGAAGGAAGAUGUGAAUGCGGAGGUGGGAGAUGAGGAUAAGGAGGAGGUGAGAGAUGAGGAAGAUGAGGUGAACAAGACGAACGAGAAGGUGGGCAAGGCAAGUGAGCCAAUGGGUGAGGAGGUUGAGAUGGUGGACGAAAAUAUGGGCAACGUGAGCGAAAAGGUGAAGUUGGGCGAGGAGUUGAGUGUGGAAGUGAGCGAGAAGAUGAUGGAGGAAGAGGAGGAGAGCGAGGUGGUGAGUGAGGUAUUGAGCGGGAGCGUGAGCAAGAAGGUGAACAAGGAGGUGAAAGGGGAGGGGAGCGAGAACAUGGGCAAGGAGGCGAGCGGGGAGUUCAGCAAGGCAGUUAGCGAGAAGGUGAGAGGGGAGGUGAGUGAGGAGUUGAGUGAGGAGUUGAGUGAGGAGUUGAGUGAGGAGUUGAGUGAGGAGUUGAGUGAGGAGUUGAGUGAGGAGUUGAGUGGUGACGUGCAGGCGAAGGUGAUUGAGGUGAGCGAAAAGAUGGAGGAAGUGAAAAUGGAGCGAAGCGAGGUGGUAAUGGAGGAGGUGAGAGGGGAGAUGUACAAGGACAUGAUGGAGGAGAUGGGUGAGGAGAUGAUGGAGGUGAGCGAGGAGGUGAGUGGGAGCGAUGACUCCGACCUCUUCACGCUGGAUCCCUCUGCGCUCGACGAGAUUCCGGAUCCUCUUGCUCCCUCUGAGGCGUCCGUGGAGAUGCCCGACUCUGCGGCAGGCCUGGAGGACCCCCCUCAUCUCCCCUCCCACUCUGAGGCAUCUGCGGAGCCCGUCACGCGGAAGGAUGGCGAGGACACCCUCACGGGGUCUUUGAGCAUCGGCGGCCGCUUCCCGUUCCCCCUGGGGCGCGAGCGAGCCCCGUCGGGCACUGGCUCCAGCACCGACGAGGAAGACCAGGAGAAGCUCGGUCGAUGUGAUGAUGACGAAAUCAGGAGCGGCCCGACGGCGCCCAGGCUGCGCCGACGCCUCGCCCGCCGGCAACUCUCCACCACGCUGGCCGACGGCACCGUGCCUGCAACGGGGGGCACCGUGCCUGGCACGGGUGUGCCGGUGACGGUGCUGGUGCCCGCACUCGCGCUGGCGCUCAUCGUGGCGCUGGGACUUGUGAUAGCGAGCAACCACGUGGCGAGCGGGAGGCAGGGGGCGUUGGUGCAGCAGAACGAGCGUCUCAGGGCAGCCGAGCGCCAGCUGCAGGCCGAGGUGACCGCCAUGGCCGGGCGUUGGGAGGCAGAGCGUGGGGCCCUGUCCCAGGAGAACACCGCGUUGCGAGCGACGCUGAUCCAGCUACGCCAAGAGGCCGGGCGAUCCACUGUGGCGGCGAAGCAGGAGGGCCCCGGGGCCGCCACCGCACAGGGGCAGGAGGCCGCACGGGCGGCGGCGCGGGAGCUGGCGGCCGAGGGCCGCCGGCUGCAGGCCGAGGUUCGCCGGCUCCACCGGGAGCUGCGGGAGGAGCGUGCGGCCUCCGCGACCACCCGCGGAGAGCGCGACGCGGCGGCCGUGGCGCUGGAGGCCGAGGGGCGGCGCUCGCACCUGUGGGAGCGGCUCUACGUGGAGGCGCGCGACGCGGCCGCCGAGCAUGGGAAGAGGAAGGAGGAGGAGGGGGAGGUGCGAGGGCCCGACCCCCGCCACCGGCUCUACGAGGACGCCAAGAACUCGACGAGGAAGCGCGCAGAGCGUGGGGCCGGGCAGGCGGAGUCCGACGCAAGCCGGGGCCGCGGCUGGGGAGGCCACGCGACCUCGGGGGCCGGGAGCGAGGCGAGGGCCGAGGCGCGGCAAGGGGACGGCCGGCGGGGGCAGGGGCAGGGGCAAGGUCAGGGGCAGGGCAGCAAGCGGAGAGGGGAAGAGCGGCUGAAGAUGAAGGGGAGGGACUGGCGGGGCCCCGAGGAGUACGGGGCCCAGAGGGCGCAUCCCCCACAGGGGCAGGGCCACAGCACGAAGCACAACGAGCAGCACAACCGGUGUCACGAGCAGCACAAGCAGCAGAGCUACAGGGCGUGGCACGGGAAGCCACGGCGCCACUGCGACCUGCACGUGGCCGAAGUGGAGAUAGAGCUCGGGCCCCUGCCCUUUGGCCCUAAGUACUGACCCUGCAUCUCGGACAAUUGCCCCAGACCUCCCCAUAGCUCUCCCUGCCUCCUCUUGCUUGAUGUGCUUCUCAUAGUUUCCUUCGACCAUAUCCUGUUUCCCUGCCUUUCCUUGUCUCCCCUGGACUUUCAAUGUCUUCCUCUAUAUUCUAUAGCCUCUGUUUCUCCCUCUAAUCCCCCCCUCUCUCUCCUGAUCUCCAUCUUUUGUUUGUUAUUGAGAAGUCCGCUUGCUUCACAAUGCACAGUUGGAUCUAUUGCGACACGCAAUAUAGUUUAACUCCCAUCUGGAUUGAUAAUCUCAUGGCCACGAUAGGGCUAAGGGACACGAUUCAGGUGACAGGUCAGAGUGUAUGUUGGAGUUUAUAGAUUUGUAUAGAGUUAAUGACUGGGUCUGUUAUAGUAUUAGGGCAUAGUAUAGGUUAGGUCAGUAGCUAGGGACUGUGUUGGGUUCAAAAGAUAUGGUUAUGAGCUAAGGGUUUUGUUUGGGCGAAGGCUUAAUGGAGGUUAGGGGUUGGGCCUGUGUUUGGGGUUAGAGGUUCGAGUGCGAGUCAGUGCUAGUUCUCAUCUCGUGCUGAACAUGAGCACGUGUGGCAUGGUGGCCCAAAUUCACGUGUGUGAGAGUGAGUGUAACUGGGUGUGUAUGAGUGUGUGAGUGAAUUUUAAAAAUUGUGAAUGGAGCUGUGAUUAGUCAAAUUGGAAGGAUGCCCUCGUGGGGUCCCCCCUUUUUAGGAAGAGGGACCACACUGAUUGUAGCAACUACCAGGGCAUCUCCCUCCUCAGUGUGCCGGGAAAGGUCCUGGCAAGGAUUAUUCAGCAUCGCCUUGCCAGGCACACUAAGGAAAGGCAUGCAGAGCCCCAAUAUAGUUUCAGAAAGGGGUGGUCCUGCACUGAUCCCACAUUCUCUGUCCGUCUGCUACAGGAGAGGUGUAAGGAAAUUCAACAGGACUGACAUCACUGCUUUAUUGACUUGGUCAAGCCCAAUGAUACCAUCAAUAGGCCAGGGCUUUGGGUUAUGUUAUUCUUCAUGCUAUAAGGGUCCUUGGCUCUCUACUCACAAUCAUUAAGGAUUACCAUGAUGGUGGACAGGCCUGGGUAAAGCUGCCUGGCCAGGAGUCAGAGCCAGUCCCUAUUCAUAUGACCAGGUCAGAAUCAUAAUAUUUAGAUUGGAGGAAUCCAAUGAGAUAUUAAGCUCUUUUUCACAGAUGUCCAGUAUAUCACCUUUGGAUGCAACAAAGAUGUCCUCAGGCUCCUACAUUAUCUGACAGGUUUUUUGACCGUGGAGUUUGUGAAGAUUUCCAUCGCUGUUCCAGUGGAAUAUUUUUUCCGAUACGAUACAAUUGGAGGCUGAUCGAUGCGAUGGUCAAGGGACGGCUUCUCAUUGGUCACCCAUAUAAUGCAUGCUGAUGAUCUGGUAAUUGCUGCUCUGAGGAGUUGGAGACUGCUGCUGAACCUGGAGAUUUCCACUAAGAGGUGUGGGGUCUUACCAUCAGCCCCACAAAACAAAGCAUCUGUCUGGGUAUUUUAAAUAAAAAAAUACUCCACCCCAUGAGUGAUGGGGGUAGUUCUCGUAAGAACGGAGGAGUUCCUAUACCUGGGUAGUGUGCUUAUGACUAGUUAGAGUUUGGUAUCAGAGGUCUCCAAAUCAGUCGAGUGGCAUCUAUUCAUCAGCUGCCUCAGGCUACGUGGAAGCUGUCUAGCCAGUCACUUAAUAUGAAGCUCUGGGUCUUCUCAACCACAGUUAAAGGAACAUUUGUGCCAGUUCGAAAUAUUUAGGCUGGCCUGCCUGUGAUCCAUCCUAGAUUGAACCAGACUGGAUUGUUUGAGCUCGCAUCCUUGAAAGAUCUGGACACAGUCCCAUCACUGAGCUCCUCUGGCAGAUGAGGCUGUGUUGGCUGGGUCAUGUAGCCCCCAUGCCCUGCUACUGCACAGCCUAGAGAAGAGAUUGGAUCAUGUGGUACAAGAGGAUGUGGAGCUGAGUGGACUUGCCGAUGACUGGUACCAGCGGUGUCAAGAUCGGCCUCUGGAGUAGGCACGUGAAGGACGCUACUGGGCAGUUGGAGGCAGCCGCCCUCCAACAAUAAUGGAGGGUAUAUGAGCGACGCUCUCAACCGUUAGUGUGGCAUCAGGCGGCUAAAACGCAGAAAUUUGAUAGUGGGGAGCACAGCUAAUGCAACUGUUAAGUCAUCUAAAUUAACCCAUAACAUCUGGGCCUGUCCCGUGAUCUGCUAGCAGGGAUUCUUCAACAUCACGUAGUCUCAAAUUGCACCUCGCCUGGCACAAGCGAUGGGUGGUGAUGUCACUGCCACUUAACGGCGAAUUGCGGCUGUUUGGUUAGUGUGCGAUCAGAUACAGACUACCCCCACCCCCCAUUAGAGCCCACUCGGUAAAUACUUAGGCCCCAUCACGGCUCAGCUCUGGCUCGGCCGCUUGGCUCAGGCUCAGCUCACAGACAUCUUGACCGUGGCUGGGACCAUGGCUCACAGAGCCGACUCCCGUUAAUUGCAUGGCUUUAAGCUGGCUCACUUGAGCAAGAGCCGAGCCAGAGCCAAACCGUGGCUGAAUACGGACCAUAGUGAGGGCAUUUUAGUUGAGGUUUAAAGACACUUUAUACCCAUGUAAGAGGACAUGUAGCGUUUCGCCCUUCCCGACUCAUUUGUUACGGCUGUGCUGCUAUCUCUAUGCUGUGUAAGAAAUAUAGCGUGCUAUAUAAACAAAGUGUAUAAUAUAUCCUG